CUUUAGUUUGGUUGUUAAAGGACGAGUAAAGUUUGAGAGAUCCUUGUUUCAAAUGCAAAUACUCCACAAUUGGUUAAAUAUCAAAUUAAAAUUUGUGAUGUCCUUAGGACUAAUUAAAGUUUCCAAACAACUUAAUGAAAGAAUAAUUGCAGCAUAAGACCUAAUUGCAUUAUCACAGAAGACAUAACCUAUGUGACUGGAUGAUGAUAACUAGUGACUAUUGGUAUUUGCUUCCACUUCUGUUCUGGUUUUGAGAGUUGGCAGAUGAUUACUUCUGAAGCAGCUUUAAUAUAUAUAUGUUUGCUUCUAUAUUCCAUGUUAGAAAAAUGUGAAUCUUAACUAAUGUUUUUUGCAUUCAUCCCUUUAUCCCAUGAUCCCUGACAUGAUACCAUAUAUCAUAGAAUUUUGAUAGGCUGCUUUAUAAAGUGACAGUAGUUUUAGAGUUAGCCAGAUUUAUGAUUGCUAGUGUUCUACACCAUUGGAGUUAUGCAUGUUCACUUGCUUUGAGUAUCAAUCUGGUUGUGGGUUGAAUUAAGGGAGAGGAAGAAAAAUGUAGUUUGUGGGCAUCCUUUUUAUUUUAGAGUGCUGAAUAUAUAAUUGCUGAAUUUACAUGUUCUUUGUGUCUGAUCAGUGGUAAUUGUCUUUUGGUACAGUCUUUUUUCUCAUGCUACUCUGAGCUCGGACGAUGAAGCCCAUGGUACAACCCGUCAACUGUUUUAUUUAUUUAUUCCUUCGAACACCUUCAACUUUGGGUUAUACUUAAGGAGCAGGACAAGGGGUUCAAACCUUGAGACUGGUAGUCUAGUAUUCUGUUUUAUAAUGGAUUAAAUGAUAUUACAAAUGGUAUAGUCAUGUUAUCGUUGAAUAACCUCAUAAUUGAGCAUAUUAUGAGUUCUGAAGUUGAAACUCUUCUAUAUUUGUAAGGUGUAAGGUGUUGCAUAUACUUUCCAAAGCUGGAUUAUUGAAGCAAGGGGGGGGCAUAAAACAUUUAUGUAUCCCUUAGCAUAUAGACGUUGACUGCUUGCCAAUUGUAAGUAAUAAAAAUGGCGACUGCUGACUUUCUGCAGGCUUAGCUGUUUGACAUGGAAAGUCUUUAUUUGGAAUGCUAUAUAUUUCCGAUAUGUUAAUAAAAUUUUUGACAUGUG